AUGGCUCCUCUCAAAGUCAUCAUAGUCGGCGGUGGCCUCGCCGGCGCAUGUCUAGCAAACGGCCUCAUCAACAAAGCCGACGGUCAAAUCGACGUUACAGUCUUCGAACGCGACGAAGCUGGUUCAGAACGGGGAGGCUACCAAAUCCGCCUUGGCGCUCACGCGCUCAUCGGGUUCAAAGCCUGUUUGACAAAAGAUCAAUAUUCUGCCCUACUGCCCUGCUUCGGUAAAUCGGGGGGCGUGGUUUCAUCAGCACCUUGUAUAUUCAGUCCUUCCGACUUGAAGGUCCUGAUUGACUUGAGUAAGGCUCCUGUGUAUGAGAAGAGUGCCCCGAUCGCACGAACACGACUUCGGAACUUUCUUCAGAAGCCACUUCAGGAGAGGGAUGCUAUUCGGUUUGGCAAGAAGUAUGUUAGGCAUGAAGUACUUCAAGGAGAGGUAGCUGGACAAAGCAGCAUCAGGGUUCACUUCAGCGACGAUACCCACCACGACUGCGAUGUCCUCAUAUCUGCCGAAGGAAGCGGAAGCCGCAUCAACAAACAGAUUGGACUGAACAACAUCAUCACCGAGGUGACGCCUGGACACGGUGGUUACUUAGGAAAAUGCCAUUUACCGUGGUCUGUACUACAGACUUUGCCGAGACAGCUUCUAGAAAAAGGAACCAUUUACACCGGCAACUCCAAGGUCAAAGUAUUUGCCGCUGUGUAUCUACCAGAAUGCCUAUCAUCUACCAAAAAGACAUCAAAUGCAGAUGGCUCAGAUAUCCUCAAACCCAAAAACUAUGACGAGGAUGAAGCCUCCCUAUUUCUCGGCAUGGCAUGGACUACAGGGCCUGAAGCCGCAGAGCUACCUCAAGUCAAAGACAAGAAGGGGUUGAUGAAAAAGAAGCUCGACGAGGCUGGCUUCCAUCCUGACUUUCACAAGCUGGUUGAUGCUGUUGACGAAGAAGAAAUCAUGACAACACCUUGGAGAUACGCAAGAAACGACACGCCUGUUGAUUGGAGACAACAACUUCUGUCUACGAACGAGAAAAAGUCAUAUCCAAGCAUUGCCAAUCCGCGCGUCUGGCUCAUUGGAGAUUCUAUCCAUCCAAUGCUUCCGUCCAGAGGAAUGGGCGCGAAUAAUGCGAUCCACGAUACAGCUGAUGCACUUGGUCCAUUACUGGAACUUGCUAAAAUGAAGAACAUGUAUGGGAGUGUGACCGAUGAGCAGGUUGGUGACCAGUUGGCGGUGUAUGAGAAAGCCAUGAUGCCAAGGGCUUUUGAAUGGGUCAAGAAAAGCAGCAAUCAACAGUUACCGGACUUGGAUAGUUUGAUUGGUAGAGGAAUAAUUAUUGGUCUGCGAGUGAUGCUUUUCGUGGUUGGUGGUUUCGUGAGCUGUCUUAGGAUGUUUGGCUGGGAACCCAAGGAUGAUGCCCCCGAGCUUCCUUGA